AUGUUUAAUCCUCAAAUAGAUAAUAACAAAAAUUGGAAAGAAUACAAUAAUUUAAAACAAUAAACAUAUCCUAUAUUAAUUUGUUAUGAUAGUAAGACAAAAUUACCUAUUGAGUUGAAAUAAGUUUAAUAUACUGUUCAAGUUUAACCUGGUUUAGCAGUAGUGCAAAUAUGCCAAAUCUAUUCAACUGAAUAAAAUAAAGAUCAAUGUGAAUUAGAAUACUUAUUUACAAUAGAUUAAAAUUCAGCUGUCUCGAAAAUGAUUGUUGAACUUGGAGAUUAGAAAGUUUAUGGGGUAAUAAAAGAAUUAGAAGAGGCAAAAAAAGUAUAUUAAAAAGGAAUCGAAGACGGAAAGACAAUGGUGAUUAGUUAUGAAGAUUAAGAAAUAUCAAAUAUAAAAAAAGUAAAAAUUGGUUGCUUAAGUCCUGGUAAAUCAUUAAAAAUUUAAUUUGAAUACAUCCAACCAUUAAAAGUCUUUCUGAAUUAAUUUUGGAAAUUAGAAUUGUCUCCGAUUAUAGAUACAAGUUAUCUAACAGUUAAUGAAUUAAAGAACACUCAUAAAGAUUAUGCUUAAUAAUAUUCUUUUGUGAAACAAUGUGUUAACAUUUAGGCAAUCUAAUUAAAUUAUAAGUAAAAUAUUACUGUAUUAAUUAAUUUGGGAAAACCUAUUACAUACGCUAAGUCUCCAACACACUCGAUACUAUUAAAUUCUGAUAUUAAUAUGAGGGAGAAAUAAAUUGAUCUUUAAAAUCAACAGAACUAAUUAAGUGUUACUUUAGAUUCAAAUGAUCCCCAAAAUAUGACACCAAAUAGAAAGUUUGAACUAUUAUUUUCAUGCGACGAUAUUAAUAAACCUUAUGCAACACUUAGCCAUACAAAUAAUGAUGCUUUGUAGCAUAUCAGAUAUUGUGCUACUUUAACACUCAUUCCAAAAUUUAAUGAAUUUCCAAUAGAUGAUGCUUAUCAAUCAUAUCUAAAUGGUUUAAAUAUGCCUUUAUAGGCUAAAAUCUAAAAGAGUUGUUAUCUUUUUUUUAUUGAUCGCAGUGGUUCAAUGGAAGGAAUAAGGAUUCAAAAAGCCAAACAAUCGUUAAUGCUGUUUCUGAGAAGCCUUCCAGAAGAUUGUUUUUUUAACAUAAUUUCAUUUGGUAGCAGUGUAAAAAAAAUGUUCAAUAUUUUAUAAAAAUAUAACUAAUAAACAUUAAACUAAGCAAUUAAGUAAGUUCAAGAAAUGAGUGCAGAUUUUGGUGGAACUAAUAUAUUAUAAGCACUUGUCUAAGGUAUUUAUGAUGAAAAUUAUUCUAAAAACAAAUAUAAUCCAGAAACACUGAAUGUAUUUUUACUAACAGAUGGAGAGGAUUAGCCUGAAAAGAUCAUUGAGUUGGUAUCUAAAAAUCAAAGACCUGAAACUAGAAUUUAUACAUUAGGUAUUGGGAAUUGUUGUAGUGAGUAUUUAGUCUAAAUAUUAGCUGAAGUUGGAAAUGGAAAAUGUUAAUUAGUAGGAGAUAGUGAAGAUAUUAAUUCUAAAGUAAUAGAUUUAUUAGAAGAUUCCCUAACUUAUUAUUUAAAGGGAUUUUCAUUAAUACAUAAUAUUGGCAAGGUUUCAUAAAUUAUUCCUGAUCCAAAAUCAAUAACUUAAUUGAAGAAAAAUCAAGAAUUAACUUUACAAAUUUUAUUUUCAAAAUAACACAAAGAGGAAAAUCUAGAAUUCAAGAUUGAUUGUUUUGACCCAUAAAUGAAUAAAUAAAUUUCAUAUGAAGUUAAAAUAAAUCUUAAAAGUUCUAAAGAGAAUGAAUAUUUCCAUAAAAUAGCAGCUCAUAAACUGAUAAAGUAUUAUGAAAAAUCAAUUUUCUAAAAAGCCAAACAAACGGAUACAGUUAUGAUCAAUCAAAAAACCCUAAAGGAUUAGGAUAUAAUAGAAUUGUCAUUAUACAAUUAAAUUCUGUGUUCUAAAACAGCAUUUAUCUGUGAAGUCUGUUAAAAUGAAAAAGAUUGUUUAAAGCUUAUCAAAUAAAAGCUAAUAAUGAGCAAAAGACAAGAGGAAAUUGUUAACAUUCCUGUUAGUAGCUCAUUAUAUAGCAGGUUCUAUUAAUUUAUAACGUCAAGUAUAAAUAGAUCUUAACCAUAAUAGCCGGAAAUGUGUAUGGCACCAAUUUUUAAGGAUUUUAAUGAUAAUUUUGGAAUCGUAGAGUAAAAAUGUUAAAUAGAUUAAUAAGAAUUCAGCAAAUAGGCAAAUAGAUUUCUUCCUAAAUAAAGUAUUUAAUGUGUUUUAAAGCCAAAAAUAUUAAAUGAAGAUUACUAGAUAUUAUCUUAUUUUGAAUUAGUUGACUGCAUGUAAGCAAAUGGUUGUUUCCUUUUAGAAAUUGAUAUGGAAUAAAAGCUAAAAUUAUACAAAAUAGACAAUAAAUAUCAUUUAUAAGAUCCAUGUUGGCAAACAGUGAUUUCAUUGUUUUAUUUGGAAUUAUUUUUUCAGGAUUCCAAGAGCUCUUGGUAAUUAAUUUAUAAUAAAGCCAUAAAUUACCUAUAAAAAAAAGGAGUGAAUUAUUAUUAGAUAAAAAAGGAAUGCAUUUCAGAUUAUGGCAAACUUUUUUAGAAUGAAGAAAUUUGA